UUAAAUUGUCGUGUCUCAUUCACUGUACAUUUUUCAUCCGUUAAGGUAAUCCUGUCCGUCCAAAUCGUGGGACCAAUCGUGGAUGGAGCAUCUUCUAAAAUUCACACCGAUUGAACGGUCUCAAUCAUCAAAUUUCGUUUGCUGAGUCUGAACUGGCAACCACUUUGUUUUCGCCAUCGGUCUGAUGACCACCAAUUGAACAGUUAAGAUCAGUUGAUUUGUGUUAUGAUUUGUUUGUACCAAGGUGUACGCAUGCUACGUGGACAGUGUUUGAGACAUCACAAUUUGAAAAUAUGGUGGCAAACUAUCCUCGCAGUUGUAUCAUUUUAUUAGUCCUCUUUUCAUUUCCUGAAUUUCAGUCAUCAAAAUGAAGAACAGUUGCUGUUUGUACUGAUGCUUGUUUUCAUUGUUUUUUAAUCUUCUUUAAGGUACUUCGAGUCUCCGGAUGACUUUGAGGUGAGAAUCGAGGGAAAUUCAGGAUUGGAAGCACUCGAGGACGAGCUCCGAGAAUCUUGCAGUGAUUUCAUGCAGCGGUUCUUUCUUCUAGUGAACGGCAUUGUAUCUUAUUAUCAUGAUCUUUUCAAAUACCUGAAUGAUUUACAGGAAGGCAUGUAUGUACAUAGCACUUUGGAUAGAGUCAUGGAGACAGAGAACGGGAGGCAAUUGCUUACGGAGUCAUUAACCCUAUUUGGAUGCCUGCUAUUGCUGCUGGAGCACCAUAUGAGCGGUCCUUUACGAGAAAAGCUUCUUGUUGCACAUGUACGGCAUGAUCGUUGUUUCGACGCUCCAAAUCUUGAUGAUAUAUGCUCUCUUUGCCGCAUACAUCCCUCUGCCUUGGGCCCAGUUCAUCAAGUUCAUUCGUCCUCUUCAAGAUCUGCUAUGAUUUCAGUCCAGAAGCCGGAGGAUCUUUUUGCAAGAUUUCCUUUCCCUAAGCAGGUUGUGGAUGCUGUUAUUUGUCGUCUGCGAGAUGAUGAUUUAUACAAUCGAGUUCGCCAUUAUCCUGACCCUGAGCACCGGACUGUGGCGUUGGGAUCACAGGCAGGAUGCCUGUAUCUGUUGUUAUUCUUUUCACCCGACUUCCUCGACAAUGGUUUUGUGAUGCGAGAGAUUGUUGAACGCUUCUUUAAGCACUGUUGGGUGGUUCCUAUAUUUUUGUAUUUUACUGUAGAUUUGUCAUUGUCAUGGGAUGCAUAUAAAGCAGCAAAAACGUCAUUGUCUGCUUGUCUUUCUCCAGCAUUUAUUCGCGAUCUCAGCCAGCUUCAUUGUACUAAGGUUAAGGAUCUCUUGCUCGAACUAGGUUCGGUUUUCUCAGAUGGUAUCAUAACCCGAGAUUAUGUCUUGAGCAAUUCUCAGAGUCUUCUUUCCUUGGUUAGAAGUUGCAAUGUUUCUCUGCGCUGGCUUUUGCUCCACAGAUCUAGCAUUGACAAAAGACUAAGGGACAUAGUUACUUCUGUGGGAACUUCUCAUCAAAUUGAGGAAGAAACCUUGUUAUUGUUACUAUUGAAGACUUCCCAACUUGAGUUUGAGCUGAAGCAACUCUAUAUAGAGCUUUUGGAAGGCAAAGAAACUCUGUGGCAAGAGAGUAGGCGCCAUGCUUCAGACUGUAUGCAAGAAUUAUCAGAAUACUUCUCUGGUUCUCGGGCAUUGUCAUGGAAAAUCGAGGAUGGAAGCUUGAAGGAUUGGUUUUGGAAAUUGUCUGAAGAGGUUAGCUCCUUAGACUACACAAAGACUGGAAAUGCAGGGAGGAAACUCUAUAAUGUGAUAUCAUCAUUGAAAGAAAUCGAAAAGUUUCACCAGAUUGAUGAAAAUUUGCAAAUCAAGCAGCACCUGUUUGGAGUUCAGAAGUACCUUCAGAAUAUGCUUAGAGCUCUCAAUUUACACCAUGACUCUCUACCUACCUUCACUGUGAUAACUGAUGCUGUCUACGCAUGGGAAUUUAUUGGAUGUUUCACAGAGAGGUUAUUCAAGAUGUUUGAGAAAGAUUCAUCAAUUGUGCUCCAUCUGCAUUCUUUUUUUCUUAAAUUUCAAUCAAUGCUGGACUUACCAUUACUACGGAUUUCACAAAAUCACAGUCCAGAUCUUCCACAUGUGUUGGAUUUCUACUACUCGGAGUAUGUGGCUCAUAUAUUUGCAACAUUGAAGAUUGUGCCUAUGAUGCUAUCUACAAUCCUUAAUGAUGAUGUUGUAUGCACUCUGCAACCUGUUAAUCUGCCGACCCGAAUAGAGAGGGAUAGUCUUCAAGAUUUUAUGCAGGUAUCGGCAUUUGAAGUUUUUGAUAAGCUGGAACGACAAAUUCAUUUGGCAAAGGCAGUCAACAAGAUCUCUAUUUUCUCCCAGGGAAUACAAAUAAUGUCUAGGACUUUUCUUGGCCUAAUUAAUCUGGACAUUAUGAAUUGGCUAGAGGAGGAAAUGCGAAAAGAUCUUUCAAAACGAUUUAAAAACAAGUUGAACUCUUUUUUCUUGUCAACCAGUGUUGGAUUGGAAGAACUAGAAACAAAUGUCCGGACAAUGGCAACGUAUAUUCUUUCACAGUUGGAUUUAAUGGAGUGCUGUCAGGAUUUAAUCCAUAUACCAGGGAAUCGUAUUUGGGAAGAGGAGUUUACCCAUAUUAUAAGGCAUUGCGCUCAAGAAGAACAUGAUGAUUAUAUGCAAAGAAGAGAUUCAAUAAUCACACAUGUACAAUUGAAUGACUUCUCAAAGGCAAAAACAUUCUUGGGACAUUUACUACACCAGAUAUUUCAAUUGACAAAUCCAUCACGGUCAAUGUAUAUAGAGCCUAUGAGUGGUUGGUUUGAUGCAGAAGGGCAUGAACUACUAGGAUUGCAUUUCUUUGACCUACUUGAAUCAUGUGUAGGACCUGUCGGAUUGGCCAGCUUGGAUUCUUUAUUAACUUUCCAUAUUAAGGAGAAUUUAGAGCAUGCACUGAGAGGUUUAAAUAAUCUGGUGGACACUAGAUGCUUGGAAGACCUACAAAUAUUGGAUAAUGAUUUGGGCCCUCCUACGUCCCUCCCUUUAUGGGGAUGGUCAUCAUAUAAGCGUAUGGCCAAGAUUGUGGACAGAUUUUGGGAACCAUGGACAGAGUGUCUUGCACGUAUUGGACAGCUGCAGUUACUGCGAUGUCUUAUUUCAUUAAAGUUGAAGUCAGCAUGUAAGGUUAAAGCAGGUAUACUAUCUUUUGCUACAGAAGGUAUGAUUGCCUCAAUUUUCUCUCAAAGAGAAAGAAUACUCGAGAGUCUUGCUGGUGGAAAGCCAAAAAUGGAGAAUGAUGGGAAAAUGAAACAUUUUGUCCAAGAGUUGAGUCAGCAAGGAAUGCUCUGUGGCUUCUGCUCUCCUUUUCAAACCAUUUACAUUUCAAAAGACCCUCCUGCUUUUCUGGGAAGAUGUGCAUCCGUUAUGACUGUCUCACAGUUGUCUCGAUAUGUUCUCGAUACUCACUUGGGCACAUUAACAAGUCGAACAAAGAAAGUUGUUUUAGAUUUUUCUCCUGUGCUCAUAGGGGUUGGAACAUUCCUUCGGCAGUUUGAUCCUACAUAUAUGACACAGUAUGUUCAGUACAUGGGUCAAUACAUACGGACAACAGCAGAAGCAGCAUUUGGGACAUCAUAUGAACCUGUGAAAGGUUCUGCAGAUGCAUCAUCCGAGGUCUUGAAGUCGGUGUUUUGGCUGAUGUACUUCUGCAAGCAUAUGGGCAUCUCUAAAGAUUUAUUAGACUCAUGCCUACCUCCCUCAUUAUUUACUAUUCUUCAAACUUGAACACCUGGAAGAUCUUUUGGAAGCACAUGCAUAAAUCAUCUCAAUGAAAUUUAGGUGGCCACCCACCAAUCAGAGCGCCGGGAAUGAUCAACCACUGCAUAUGAUCAAACUGGUGGGAACAACUACGGGGACCAUGCACGGCUGUGAGCUGUCAAUAGUUAGAGUGUGUCCCAUGCAUGGAUGUAUAGAUUGAAAACUCAGCAACUCUACCUGUAACUCAGAGAACUCGACUCGACCAGAUUUCAAGCCGAUCUCCAGGAAUCGCUCGUGUGGCUCAGUCCCGAAUCAAUAGGACUUGUCAAGUCAGACCAUGAAUUGGUAGACUCAACACCACUCAAACCAAGUGUUCCCUAUUGUUUUCUUUUAACAUAAGUGAAAGAAGAGUUUCAAACUCUCGACCUUAGAUAAGGAAGCAAAGGCUUAUAACCAGCACACCAUGUUCUACCCAUUUGUUUAUUUCAUCAAUAUUUUCUAUAUUACUAAUGAAUAACUACUUUUAAGUA